CUGCCUUGUUUUCUCUGUCUAGCUCUUUACAAUUACGACGCGAGGGGACCAGAUGAGCUUUCCUUACAGAUAGGAGACACUGUGCACAUAUUAGAAACAUAUGAAGGUUGGUACAGGGGUUAUACUCUGAGGAAGAAAUCCAAGAAGGGCAUAUUUCCUGCCUCCUAUAUUCACCUUAAGGAAGCAAUAGUCGAAGGAAAAGGACAACAUGAAACCGUUAUACCCAACGAGCUGCCCCUGAUUCAGGAGGUCACCACAACGCUGCGGGAGUGGUCCAUAAUAUGGCGGCAGUUGUACGUUCAAGAUAACAGGGAAAUGUUUCGCAGUGUACGGCACAUGAUAUAUGACCUUAUUGAGUGGAGAUCUCAAAUCCUGUCUGGGACUCUCCCUCAAGAUGAGCUCAAAGAACUGAAAAAGAAGGUCACUGCCAAAAUUGACUAUGGAAACAGGAUUCUUGAUUUAGAUCUGGUCGUUAGAGAUGAAGAUGGCAAUAUUUUGGACCCAGAGCAGACGAGCACAAUCAGCCUUUUUAGGGCACAUGAAAUAGCUUCCAAGCAAGUGGAAGAGAGGUUGCUGGAGGAAAAAUCUCAGAAACAGAAUAUCGAUAUCAACAGACAAGCUAAGUUUGCUGCCACUCCUUCGUUUGCUUUAUUUGUAAAUUUAAAAAAUGUAGUCUGCAAAAUAGGGGAAGAUGCUGAAGUCCUCAUGUCUCUCUAUGAUCCCCAUGAAUCAAAAUUUAUCAGUGAAAACUACUUGGUGCGGUGGUCAAGCUCUGGGCUCCCCAAGGACAUCGACAGGUUGCACAACCUCCGAGCAGUGUUCACUGACCUCGGCAGCAAAGACCUGAAAAGAGAGAAAAUCAGUUUCGUUUGUCAGAUUGUGAGGGUGGGCAGAAUGGAGCUGAGGGACAACAACACGAGGAAGUUGACUUCUGGGCUCCGGCGGCCUUUUGGAGUAGCAGUAAUGGAUGUUACCGACAUCAUUAAUGGAAAAGUCGAUGAUGAGGACAAGCAGCACUUCAUACCAUUUCAACCGCUAGCGUUGGAUGACGCCAUUCGACACAAGCAGCUGAACAUAUCAUCCCGUUUUUCACCCAGGGUGGCAGGGGAGAAUGAUUUCCUGCAGACUGUUAUAAACAAAGUGAUUGCUGCUAAAGAAGUUAACCACAAGGGUCAGGGUUUGUGGGUGACUUUGAAACUUCUUCCAGGAGAUAUUCAUCAGAUUAGAAAAGAGUUUCCACACUUAGUGGAUAGGUCAACAGCUGUGGCUCGGAAAAUGGGGUUUCCUGAGAUUAUUAUGCCUGGUGAUGUUCGGAAUGAUAUCUAUGUAACGUUGGUUCAAGGAGAUUUUGACAAAGGCAGUAAAACAACAGCAAAAAAUGUAGAAGUUACAGUGUCUGUUUAUGAUGAGGAUGGGAAAAGAUUAGAGAGUGUUAUUUUUCCUGGUGCUGGCGAUGAAGCCAUCUCAGAGUACAAAUCAGUUAUAUAUUACCAAGUAAAGCAGCCUCGCUGGUUUGAGACUGUGAAGGUCGCAAUCCCUAUUGAGGAUGUGAACCGGAGUCAUUUGAGGUUCACGUUCCGACACAGAUCGUCACAGGACUCCAAAGAUAAAUCUGAAAAAAUAUUUGCCUUAGCAUUUGUGAAGCUCAUGAGAUACGAUGGAACAACGCUGAGAGAUGGAGAACAUGACCUUAUAGUUUAUAAGGCAGAAGCAAAGAAGCUUGAGGAUGCCUCCACAUAUUUAAGUCUGCCUUCCACUAAAAUAGAGUUGGAGGAAAAGGGACACUCUGCAACGGGGAAGAGCAUGCAGAACCUUGGUAGCUGCACCAUCAGCAAAGACUCUUUCCAGAUUUCUACUCUGGUCUGUUCUACAAAGCUUACCCAGAAUGUUGAUCUCUUGGGACUUCUGAAGUGGAGAUCUAAUACGAACCUGUUGCAGCAGAAUUUGAAGCAAUUGAUGAAAGUUGAUGGUGGUGAAGUUGUUAAGGUAACGAGAUAAUUUCACAAAUGUUUA